GAGAGGGAGAGACAAACGCUGGGCAAGCACAAAGGAGGAGAAGAAGAAGACUGAUGGUGUCGUCGUAGAGAGCGACAGCCGGAGGAACGAGAGACACCGAGAAAGACAGACAGACAGAGAGAGAGGCGAACGGGAGAAGACGUUAACAACCGUCCUCUGGGCCCGUGUGUAUGUGUGUGUUGGUGAUCAGCUGAUUGGAACACACGUAUUGGAGGGCGGAGCCAUGAUGGGCAAGGACUACAUGUUGGCCAUCAUUAUAGUCAACUAUGAUGACAACAUCUGGACAGACCAGAACCUGCUGCUGGACCCAGACCUUCCCUCUGGCUGGAGAACCAUCAAAGACUCCACGGGAACGUACUACUGGCACGUUCCCACCGGCGCCACCCAGUGGCAACAUCCCCGUCUUACAGGGACACCGCAGCUGCUCGAUGCCCAGCAGGAGGAGGCUGGACAGCAGAGCUCCAACAAGGAGACAGAAGGUCCACCUGAGGACAGGUCUUCGUGGCACGAAGAUGACCUCACCAACCACGACCCCGACUCCAAGUGUUUUGCCGUGCGCUCCCUCGGCUGGCUGCAGGUGGAGGAGGAGGACCUUUCUCCUGGUCGCAGCAGCCUCGCUGUUAGUAACGUCAUCCAGCAGCUGUCUCACUGCAGCAGCCCCGAGCAGAGAGAGCGGCUGGGUGCCUGGGGGGAGGGCCGCGAGAUGAUGCUAGUUCUGAAAAAAGACACCCUGACCCUGUUGGACCCAUUAGACCACACCCCCCUGCACUGUCAGCCAAUCAUCAAUAUCCGUGUUUGGGGGGUGGGCUGCAACAAUGGCAGCUCCCUGACCAUGGAGAGCAUCUCACCUGAGGACCUGCCGAGACAAGUGGAGUUUCUGGAGGCAGUGCGGCAGCAGGUGCAGAAGUUUGAGGUCCAGUACAUCGGCAACCUGCCGGUGUCGCGAGCCAUGGGUAUGGAGGUGUUGAACCGAGCGAUAGAAAGCAUCAUGAACUCCACAGACCGAGACGACUGGGAGCCGACCGUGAUCCACGUCACCGAUAACGUCCUGUCUCUGUGGAAAGGAGAGGACGGCGACGAGCCAUUCUGGGAGUGUCAGGUACGCUUCCUCACCUUCCUGGGCGUCGGUCACGACAGCCACACCUUCGCAGUGAUCGUGGACGGCGGCACGCAGCAGUUUGAAUGUCACGUGUUCUGGUGUGAACCGGACGCUGGGAUCAUCUCCGAGGCCGUCCAGGCUGCGUGCAUGGUCCAGUAUCAGAAGUGUCUGGUGGCUCAGACUCCUCCCCCAAGGACCAAAUCAUGGCGUGCAAACCCGUCAAAGGUGAAACGGGCCAACUCCAUGGAUGGCGCCGCCUUCCCUCCCCUCACAUCCCGUCACCAUGGCGGCAGCAGCUCCAGCAUGAUGGCGCAGAGGAUGGCGAAGGGUAGCGGCAGCAGCAGCAGUGUGAGGAAGGGCAUGAUGGCGUUUUUUGAAACUUUCCGCAACAAACAGGCCGCCACGUCCUAAUGAUGAAGGCGGGACCACCAGAGCCCCCAGGGGUUAGGGUAGCUGAUUCUCCAGAUAUGUUACCCCUGACCACACUGGGCCUCCAGACCGGCCUCUGAUCGGCUGAACUCUGUGCACAUAGGGCUCUGGUGGUCCGCCUGGCUGAGUGACAUCACCAGCAACUCCAGAACACGAUGCUUGGACCACAAACACACCUGAAUCAGUCGCUGUGAUUGAUCAGCAGGAUGAGUGAAGGACGAAGUCGAUCAAAACCUCCACCAACACGUCCGAAAGUUUAAAGGCUAGCAGGUUCAUCACUGAAAACAUCCAUCCACACCAUAAACAAGGCUGAGCCCUGACCUUUGACCCCUUCAGCUCCAUCUGUGCACAUAGAACCGAGGUUAUGAGUCGUAACUGAAGUUCAUUUUCUUGUUUCCUGUCGUCACAGCUCCUCCCCUCGAGGGGCGGAGUCACAUCUGCUCCUCCUAACUGUGAGGCGUUUGAUUUGAGAGGUAACAUCAUCAGUCUCUGUGUGUGACUGCCACAGCCUCACCUGAACUCUGUGCGGCUCUCCAGGGUCUGUCACCACCACAAGCACAAACGAGGGAGGAGCAGAGGAGGUGGCGAUCGGCUCAAAGGGUAACAGUGAAAAUCCGCCCACGUUAGUAAAAAGGACCGCUUCACAUCCAAGGUGGAGGAAGACUUCCUGUAAACAGAGGACACGUAGCAAAAACUGUAGAGACGCGUCUGUUUGUUCUGCUUUGAGCUUCAUUAUCGUGUUUUAAAGCUGCACUGACUAACUCGGCCACCAGAGGGCGAUGAACACGCGCUGGAGAAACAGACUGAAGAUAAACUGGCCUGUUUCCUGUGCUGAAAGCAGCAGUUUGCAUGCAGGCAUGAACUGAAACAAAUGCCACGCCCACAGUGACAUCUGACUCUCCUUCUGCUUCCUGAUUGGCUGACGUACCCUUAAAUAGAAGCUGUGCUGUAUUUACUGUUAUUAGGUAAGAUUGAGUUUCUGAGCAUCUGACAGGCUGUCGUUGUUUCCUCGCAGUAAAAGUGAUCAAUGAUGUCAUAUAUAAAUGAACCAAUAAUAAACUGAUAAAAACAU